AUGCAGGUCAUUAGUUUCAAUGCAUGCAAUGAUCUUAGCGUUAGUUACUUGAACAUUAUGAACAGUCCAAGAUCUCACAUAAACGUCAAUGAUUGUGACAAUGCCACAUUCUCUUCUAUCACUAUUCAUUCUCCUCCCAACACUCCCAACACCGAUGGAAUUGAUGUUUAUGCUUCAAAAAAUAUCUGGAUCAAAGAUUCAAAUAUAGCAUGUGGUGAUGAUUGUAUUGCCAUCAGUGGUAACUCCUCCUAUGUCAAUGUUACUGGGGUUGCUUGUGGACCUGGUCAUGGAAUAAGUAUUGGAAGCUUGGGUAGAGGUAAUGCUAUGACAGCAGAACAAAUUUAUGUACAAAAUUGCAGCUUCACCAGGACAACAAAUGGAGCAAGAAUCAAGACAUUUCCUAACGGACCAGGUUAUGCAAGAGCAAUCACUUUUGAGCAAAUUACAUUGAUAAAAGCUGGCAACCCAAUAGUUAUUAACCAAUUCUACAAUGAUCCUUCAACGUGGGGAGAAGUUGAAGUGAGUGAAAUCACAUUUCGUGAUUUUAAUGGAACAUCAGCGUAUGAUAAAGCUAUUACCUUAAAUUGUGAUCCACAAGGUUGUUUCAACAUUACAUUGGAUCAAAUUAACAUUGUCUCUUCUAAAGGAGGAAAACGAGUUUAUUGUUCUGGAAGGAACGUCCAUGGAACAGCUACAUCUACCUACCCAAACUGUUCUUGCUUAUCGUCAUGA